CAGGCAGGCGUUGCCGGUAGGGAUCCUGCCUGCCUCCGGGAUCUCAGAGUUCAGAGUUGCUGAGCGCUGGAAGGACUGAAGGACCUCUGGGGUCAGAAAGCAGCUCAGACCUCUGGAAAAGCGAGCCUCAGGGUCAAUCUGCCAAGCGCAGGGCCCGGGGGAGGGACUCCCUACGCCCAGCCCCGGAAGAGCAGCCUGCUGCCCGGGUUCAGGCAGGACUCCCCGCUCGGCAGGUUGGGGCUCGCCUGUACGCACACCUCCAGGACCACGGGAGCCAGAGGAUACCUGGCUUCCUCUGCAGUGGCCUUCUGCCUGUUGUCCCUGGGGGCAUCUCUGCAGAGACUCAGUGGGAAGACAGUGUCACAGGUGAGAGCCACGGGGGAUCGCUGCUCUGCGACGCCGCAGCCCCUGGCUCCUCACGGAAGCAAAGGAAGCAAAAUGCUGCUGUUGGCCGUGGGUGAGAAUUCCUGAGCCCCUCAGUGCUGAGAGGUGACAGACAGUCUGAAGGCAGACCCAGGGCAGAGAGGAGCACUUGCCAGCCCAGCUACGACCUUACAUCUUCAGUUAUUGUGCCACGUCCAACUUUGUGCAAACUGCCCGGCUCCUCUGUCCGUGGGGUUUUCCUGCAGAAAUACUGGAGUGGGUUGCUAUUUCCUCCUCCAAGGGAUCUUCCUGACCCAGGGAUUGAACCAACGUCUCCUGAGUCUCCUACAUUGAUUAAGGGACCUGCCAAGAUGCUCCAGUUACAAGGCCCCCACCUGCUGAAGAUGUUAGAGAAGUCCUUGAGGACGAGUCUCCCUGAGUCCUUAAAGGAGAUGGCAGAUGACUUUGAUCACUACACCAACACCUACCAAAUCUUUUCUAAGGAUCUCAAGAACUGUCAGGAGUCCCUUACCACAUCAGAUGUCAUCAACUGGAAACAACAUUUGCAGAUCCAAAGUUCACAGUCCAGCCUGAAUGAGGUGAUACAGAAUCUUGCAGCCGCUAAAUUUGUUAAGGUCGAGCACACACAGUGCAUUCUCUACGUGAUGCCUGAGACAGCGAGGAAACUGCUUCCUUCCCUGCCAGAGACAAAGAACUUACCUGUUGGAUAUGGUGCACCCAAAGCCAUUAACGAGGAGAUGUUUAAGCUCUCAUCCAUGGAUCCUACACAUGCCGCUUUGGUGAAUAAAUUCUGGCAUUUUGGUGGCAAUAAGAGGAGCCAGAGAUUCAUCGAGCGCUGUAUCCGGGCCUUCCCCACCUUCUGCCUGCUGGGGCCCGAGGGGACCCCUGCGUCCUGGUCCCUGAUGGACCAGACGGGAGAGAUCCGGAUGGGGGCCACCCUGCCCGAGUACCGGGGCCACGGGCUCAUCUCCCACACGCUGGCUGUCCACACCCGGGCUCUGGACCAGCUCGGCGUCCCUGCGUAUAACCACACAGACAAAACCAACAAAAUCAUACGGAGAAUCAGUGACAACCUGCGUCACAUCGCCAUCCCCCGUGGUUGGAACCAGUGGAACUGCGUGCCCCUGUGAAGCGGGCCCCCACCCGAGACUGCGCUGGGUGGGCUGGACACGUGGCCAGAGAGGCAGAGGGCUGCGUGGGAAGGAAGACAGACUCGUCAUCAGCGGGGAGGCAGCGUGGGCUGUUUGGGGCUGGGCAAGCGGUGAGCGACCCGCAGAACCCCAGAGUCCCUGCUCCCUGCUCACCCGCGGACUUCCCUUCGGGUCCCGCAGACCUUCCUGUUUCCCCCACAUUCCAACCCUGGCAACCUCCACUCUACUCUGUGCUUCUAUGCAUUCAACUUUUUUUCUUUUUAAGACCCCAUGUAGUAAGAGGGAGGCGACCUGUGUAUAAUUAUGGCUGAUUUGUGCUAUUGUAUGGCAGAAACCAACACAACGUUGUAAGGCAAUUUUCCUCCAAUUAAGAAAUAAAUUUAAAAAAUAAAGUUAAUGCUUUGAAGAAACGUUAAAAAAACGUCUAAGUGAUGUC